AUGAAGGCUUGGUUAUGGCCUUUCAUAGGUGGACUUAAAUUAUUUAUAUGUAUUCUUGUAGUUGUCUUGUUUUCAAUUCCUAGUCUUGUUAGUUAUAUAAUCUUUUACGACACGGUUAUUCCUCAUGCUGUGGUGCAAUAUCCUGUUUAUUUUAACUACACAACUGGGUGUGAAUAUCCCUAUGCCAAAGUGAACUUGGAUCACUUCAGCAUAGAUCCUAGGCUUCCUGGAACAUCGAUCCUUCAAUUGAGCAUUCCUCGUUCUCAACGUAACCGGAAUGUUGGGAAUUUUAUGGUUUCAGUUGACUUUCAUGGAAGAACCGAACAAACGACGUUGAAAUCUGUUUCAAGAACAGUCCUAUUUCCAUAUUAUUCAACUAUACAUGAAUACAUGAAGCUGGUUCUUUGCUUCCCUUUUUAUUUAACCGGAAUUUUGGACGAACGCGAGACUGUAAGUGUAAAGCUUUUGGAGUCUGAAAUGUUUGGAAAUCAUCGCAGUGCAAUUAACACGCUGUCCUCGCGUUUUUAUGUUGCUGAUACUCCUAAAAGUGCAAGCAUUCGAAUAUUUUCUAAGGAUAUUGAGUUUUAUGAAGUAACUCUAGCUUUUGCAUCCAAAUUACAUGGCAUGCGUUGGUUCAUGUACACGCAUAAGGUAACCGCCUUUUUUGUUUUUACAGCCCUCUUUUAUUUUACUGGGAUAAGUACAACCUUUAUUACUUAUUUGAUCAUUUCAACCACGUCAAAAUCCCGGAACAGAGUCGCCCAAUAA